AUGGAGAUGGUGAAGGCGGCUAGCUCGCUCAUGCCCAAAAAGUUUCGGAGCGUCCGAGAAAAGAGCGGGCAUCGCCGCCAAAGGUCGUCCGAAUCUGGGGGCAAGGUCCGCCCACUCACGACCGACUCAUGGCUUUCAAUCUUUAAGUCCGACUCUACAAAGCAGGCGCAGAGGGAAAAGGAGGAGGUGGAAAAGGAAACAGCAAAGGUCGAUAUCAUCGUCAAGCGCUUAGAUGAGCUCAACUACCACACCGUUUCCAAGGAUAUUAUCCGUAUCGCGCUGCGCUCUACCUUUGCUAGCGGCAACGUUGAGAAGGCAGUGGAGCUGCUGCAACUUCAACAGCAAGCCUUUUCAGGGAUAAUACAACCAUACGACCCAAAUGUUGAAAUGCUUGGUGCUGAGAAUAGGGGAAACGUUACAUGCUACUUAGAUUCCUUACUCUUCGCCAUGUUUGCGCAUCUCUCGGCGUUUGAGUCCAUGCUGAAAAACGACUUGGAAGGCGAGCCCCAGAGGAAAUUAGCUGCCCUGAUUAGGUUAUGGGUCAACAUGCUCAGGAGCGGAAAGUUGAUACACGCUGAUAUGACGGAACACAUACAACUAGCUCUUGCCGAGUGUGGUUGGAAAGAUGCCGCCCUUCUCGAACAGCAAGAUACCUCGGAGGCCUUUGCCUUUAUUGCCGACGCAUUAUCAUUACCACUUCUCGCUCUCCAGAUGGACCUUUUUCACCAAGGAAAAGGAGAUGUGGACGAUCAUAAAGUAGUCCACGAGAGAUUUCUUAAUCUCCCAGUGCCACCAGACACGGACGGAAAAGGCAUAAAGCUCGAGGAUUGUAUGGAGGCAUAUUUCAACAACAGGGUGGACGUACUUCGCGACAGCUUGGAGGAGAAAAAGUCCAUCGAUCGACCGCCUUUGACCUCACAGACUACGAUUCGAAUGGUCCCUGAGGAUGACGAUGAGACCCCACGUGCGGAAGAUGAGAACGUACAGUUGCAACGAAGAUGGACGACACAUGGGGCGCUUAUGCAGUCGCCGACCGGCACGUCCAGCCCAGACUUCGUGCCAUCAAGUUCCCGGACUCGGUCAACCAGUAUCAUACAGCGCUUCGUGGUGAACGAAAAGAAUUCAGAAACUUCGUCAGCGGAUGCAGAAACGAAAAGCCUACUCCAGCGAGCCAAACGUACCGGGUCAACGGUAGUGAAGGCUGUCACGAUCCCGGCCUGGCAAUUUUAUCGGUUGAUACCGUGGAAUGCCACAUCCAACAACGCACCGAGCAACGACGUAGAGCUUGCCCGACAUUUCAAUAAGCGGCCCGUCGUUGCUAUCUGCUUGAAGCGAUACACUAUGACGGAAACCGGUGUUCCAGUCCGACAAAACACGUUCAUCGACAUUCCAGAUAGCCUCCGUCUCCCGCAUUUCAUGGUCGUUGACCGGGCCGAGGAUGACGACCAAGACCCGAAUGGCCUAAGUCAGGGGUACAAGUUGGUCCUGCAGUCGGUCAUCUGCCACCGGGGAGAUUCAAUUCAUAGCGGGCACUAUGUAGCCUACGCUCGGGUCGCACCGAAGCUCCUUACGGAUAACCGCAAGCACGACUUUGAUCCGCCUCCCGAUUAUGAAGAGGCCCAGUGGGUGCGGUUUGACGACCUUGCCGUCGAAAAACGUGUUGAUACUGUGGACGAUAUCCAAGAGUGUCUACGGCGCCAGGAGGAAAUGCCGUACGUGCUAAUCUACCAGAUCGUCCCGAUGGUGGACGUAACGGCUACAUCAACGGACGGAUCCGUAGCUGAACCCCCAGGCUAUGUUGAAUCGACGACCACCGUUCCCGGGACGCCCAGCGUCGAAGCUGUAUCUGAUGCCGGUCAGCUCUCUAAAUCAACAAGCGGUUAUUUCGAGUCUGGCACGACGCUCGCCAGCAGUACGCCUCAAAUCCGUCUCAGCUCUGAGGUUGAGAUCCUACCACGGCUGAGUAUUGAAGAAGCCGCGCCUUCUCUCGCUGUUCAAACAAAUCUUUCUCGACGCGGUAGUAUCACGUUCUCCGAGCCUGCCCUCCCUGGCCAUGGUGCCUCACAUCCCGAUGCCAUAUCUCCUGUCGUCACCCCUCAGGAAGAGACUACAGGGGCCCGGCUCUCGCGGGCAGCAGCUAUGUUCAAGGCAGGAGCUAGCAGGUCCCGACCAACCAGCCAGGCUGGCGAGGGCCGUCUGAGCCUCAAUAUAUCGCGGUUUGGUUUCGGCCGACAGGGCAAGGAAAGCAACUCUAACGGCGCCAAUAGCGAGGCGUCGGCGAGCGAGCACGGUGGUGGAUCCGUUACAGAUGCUGACGAGGCAACGGCUGAUGGAAAGGAUCAUCUGGCUGCCGGGAUUCCCCCCAAAAAGGAAAAAGAGAGAAACAAGUCCAAGACCCGGGAUGAGAAGAAGGACAAAGGCAAGGGGAAAACUAAGGAGACUGGAAAGGCAAAAGGAGGGGUGCCAGACCGCGAAUGUGUCGUCAUGUGA